AUGUCCAGAGCUAUUGCCUCGUCCCAUGUAUUACUUGAUGACAUAACUAAUGCCACGAUAAUUUAUUCCAUAGAAUCAGGGAAGAUCUUACACAUAGAACCUCGAGUUAUUGACUUGAACGAUGAUUUACUUCAAUUAUAUAACGUAGGUAUCCAUGAUUACCGAGACGUGAGUCCCUUGGUGAUUCUCCCAGGGUUGGUAGAUGCCCAUGUUCAUUUGAAUGAGCCUGGUCGAACUGAAUGGGAAGGUUUCGAAACCGGGACCAAAUCUGCUGCUUCAGGAGGUGUUACUACUGUGAUUGAUAUGCCUCUUAAUGCUAUCCCUCCUACCACCACAGUAGAGAAUUUCAAUUUAAAGAUCAAUGCCGCAAGAGGUCAAACUUGGGUGGAUGUUGGGUUCUGGGGUGGUUUAAUCCCCGAUAAUGUCCACCAUUUGAAACCUUUGAUCAAUAUGGGAGUAAGAGGGUUCAAAUCCUUCUUGAUAGAGAGUGGUGUUGAAGAAUUCCCUGCCAUCACUCCCAAACAUAUCAUCCGUGCCAUGAAGGAAGUUAAUGGGUUAUCGACAUUAUUGAUGUUCCAUGCUGAAAUGCAACCCAAUAAAACCCAUGGACCUAUCUUGAUGGUAGAUGAAUCCAAGACUCCAAGGUUGAUUCCGAAUGAGAACAGAUCUCCUAGGUUCUUCUUUGAUGAUGAAGAUGACGAGACAACCAAUAAUAUCGAUGGUCUCUUGAAUAGUGACUCCAAUACUCCCGAAGAAGGAGAACCAGAAACCGAUGGAUCAUCAUUGAGUGUUCUCGCCAAAGAUAUCGAAGAUUUCGACUUGGGAAUGUCAGCAUCUUUCAUCCAUAGGGCCCCUAAACCGGUGGUGAAGUUAUUAAAGAGUGAUACUCAUCGUCAUGAUGAACAUGAAAAUUGCAAAUUACCCCAUAAUCAUGCUGGGUCCAUUGAUCAUUCCGUAUUGACAGAUGAACAAGCUAAGGCUUUAGCCAAGUCUCCUUACUUAUCAGGUUCAGAACCGAUUUAUGGGAAAUUCGCCAGAAUGGCUCAUCAUCAUCAAGACAAACCAGGAGAUGUGGAGACUCCUUUGAUUUUGGCUCAAAAGGAAGACCUUCUCUUGAAAGAUGUUGAUCCAACAAGUUAUGCUACAUUCUUAGCUUCCAGACCUGAUAAUUUCGAAACUACGGCUAUAGCCGAAAUCAUCAAUUGUUCUACCAUGUUGCCUACCGUCAAAUUACAUAUCGUUCAUUUAGCUACCCAUGAAGCUAUUCCCUUGAUCAGGGCCGCCAAAGCUCAAAGAUUACCUAUCACAGCCGAAACUUGUUUCCACUACUUAUCGCUUUAUGCCGAAAAUAUCCCUAACUGUUCAACCCAUUUCAAAUGUUGUCCUCCAAUCAGAACUGAUGAUAACAGAAAAUUGUUAUGGAAGGCUUUAAGAAAUGACAUCAUCACCACUGUAGUAUCAGAUCAUUCUCCAUGUACACCAGAAUUGAAAGGUUUAGAAAGAGGUGAUUUCUUCGAAGCAUGGGGUGGAAUCUCAUCAGUGGGGUUCGGAUUACCAAUCUUGUUCACUGAAGGUAGUAAAUUGACACCUCCAGUAACAUUCAGAGAAAUUUCCAAAUGGUGUUCAUGGAACACUGCCCAACAAGUUGGGUUAUCUCACGUCAAAGGUAAAAUUUCUCAAGGGUAUGAUGCUGAUUUCGCCAUUUUUGACCCUUCGGCCGUGUACAGCGUGGAUAACGAAGCCACUCAUUUCAAAAAUAAAUUAACAGCUUACCACGGUAUGGAAUUCAAGGGAAGGGUUAUGGAAACUAUCGUUAGAGGUCAAAGUGUAUUUGUUUAUAAGAACGGGCCAUCCAAGACACCUUUAGGAAAAUUGAUCUUAGAACCAAGAAGUGAUUAA